AUGGCUGGCACUCCCAAAGCUACCACCCCUUCUAGAGAAUCAGCCCUCACAUUCCGCAAAGUUACCGAAGACAACUGGCGAGCAGUCGCAAACCUCAGCCUCAAAGACGGUCAAGUAGGAAACCUCGCCCCCAACGUAUGGUCUCUCUGCGAAGUAGCAUACUCCGAAGACGCAUGGGUACGGGCCAUCUACGCAGACGAGACGCUUGUUGGCAUGCUCAUGAUGGCAAUAUGGGAUCCCGACGAAGCGUACUACAUCUGGCGAUUCAUGAUUGAUGGUCGGUUUCAGAAUCUCGGGUAUGGUCGACGCGGCGUAGAAUUUGCGAUUGCGCAUAUACGACAGCACAACCCUAAAGCAAAACAGCUGGGUGUCAUGUCAACACCACCAGAAGGGAAAACGAGUGCAAACCCGCUCAAGACUGUUAGGCCAGAGAACUCGCCAUACAAGUUUUAUGAAAAACUUGGAUUUAGAAAAACCGCCCCGCCAGAUGAAGAUGGAGAGAUUAUGAUGACGAUAGACUUGUAG